UAUAGUGCCGAACGACACUGCUGUAUAAGUAAUGACCGUGACUUUGUACACUUAAUCACUGGAUACAGAUCGCAAAAGACAAAGUUGUGAAGUCAGGAAAUUUGAUCACAAGACAAGGUGCAUUCACACUGCACUGAUCUGACACAUCUGAAUCAUAUGAAUCAUGGAGCAGUGGAAAAUAGAUUGUGUUGCAGUGGUGGUGCUGGCCACGGUUCUCGUUCUCACCAUUGGACAGUCUGCUGCAUCACCACCGGUCAUCACACUUGGUCUGACAGACGAGAGUGGUAUAGAUGAAGGCACUGCAAAUUUCUACUGCAAGGCGACGGGUGACCCAGCCCCAACUUUUGAAUGGUACAGGAACAAGAAGUGGGUGCGCGGUCUGCGUUAUCAGAUCGUCGAGACGGAGGGAGGGUCAGUGCUGAGGAUAACGCCCCUUCGGCUUGAUCGAGACAACGACCUGGCGGUGGUGUGUGAAGCAAGCAAUGGCGAUGGGACAGCCACAACACAGGCCAGGCUUACUGUCACUCAAGCUGACAGUCUUCCAGCGGGCUAUCCCGAGAUCACGUUCAACCCGAGACGUUACACAGUGUUGGUGAACGACCGACCGGCGACCAUCUACUGUGGAGCCACCGGCAACCCUGAGCCUGAGAUCCUGUGGUUCAAGGAAUUUGUACCCAUCGAAACUAAUGACAGGAUCUCCAUAACGGAUUCGGGCCUUCAGUUUUCCAGAGCUCUGCCGUCUGACCAGGGUCGCUAUGAGUGUGCCGCGAAGAACUCUCUGGGAACACGCUACUCUGUGGAGGCUCAAGUCUAUGUCAAACAUCUUCAAGUGGAGCCUCGCUUUACCAUCCUGCCUGUGAACCAGGAGGUGGUACCAGGAGGCAGCGUCAACCUGACCUGUGCUGCCUACGGCUCCCCGAUGCCUAGGGUACGGUGGAUGAAAGCAGAUAUGGACCUGGACGACAUGGACGGUCUCCCAAUCGGGCGCAACGUCCUGCAGCUGAGGGACAUCUACGAGUCGGGCAACUACACCUGUGUAGCAACCAGCUUGCUGGGGACCAUAGAUACCUUAGCUAGAGUCACUGUGAGAACACCCCCUAGCGUACCCAACUCACCGGUGGUGACCGGCUACACCUCCUCCUCCUUGACCGUGGAGUGGAGCACCCUGCCCAGUGACACGGUCACCUCCCACGUCGUGGAAUACAAGCGCAGCCGAUCGGGCGGCUCCUUCACCGAAGUGGAGAUACCUUAUUCCGAGCAAGACACUUCCUUCACCAUAGAAGGCCUUCUGCCGUAUACAGAGUAUGCCGUACGCCUCCUCGCAGUCAACACCAUCGGGAGGAGCAACCCGAGUGCUGAAGCCACUGCCAUGACAGGAGAAGAUGUGCCUGGUUCUCCGCCCAUAGAAGUCCGGGCACGCCCUACCAGCGACAGCACCAUCAUUAUCCAGUGGAGCGCACCCACCACGCCCAACGGUGUCCUCAAGGGGUACAACGUCUUCUACACCACCAACCCCAACAGCGAUCCCGAGUCGUGGUUCCACGUCUCGGUAGACGCUAGCCGCUCCUUGACCACCAUCAGUGAUCUGGUGACCAUGCAGAUCCACUCGGUCAGCGUGUCCGCCUUCACCGUGAAGGGGGAGGGACCGGCCUCGCCACCAAUACAGGUCAAGACACAGCAAGGAGUGCCAAGUCAGCCAGAGCAGUUUGAAGGAGUGGCCAUAUCUGCCUUCCAGAUCCGUCUGACGUGGAUGAUGCAUGAUACGGAGCCCCAGAUCGUCCACUAUGAGCUCUACUACAACGUCUCUACCUCCAACAUGCACAAGACAAUCACCCCCACCACCGACUACGUCCUGGACGACCUCCGACCCAACACCCUCUACCACAUCCGCCUGGCUGCCCGCUCUGAGACAGGCGAGGGCGCCAGCAGUCCAGUCAUCACCGUCCGAACACAGCAAUCAGUUGUUGGACCGGCGCUCUAUUUUGUUGACUGUAGCGGAAGCAACCCAUGUCUGAACGGAGGUACCUGUGAGAGCGAAUCAUGUACAUGUGCUCCAGGAUUCAGUGGAGAUUUGUGUGAUUCAGUAGUUUGUCCAGUGGUUACAGCUACUGCUCCGGAUGACCUCGAACAGAAGAUUUGUGAUUCUGACAACAUUUUCAUCGUCAAGAUGAAGCCAGAUGGACGAGCCAAGAUUCUGGAUGAUUUGACACAUUUAGACAACCCGUAUGCAGUUGAUCGUCCCAUCAUCGGAUUUAUUCCGAAUGAUGUCUGUAACCUUGAACUGGCAGAGAAACGAUACAUGCUGUUCAUGGCUGGAGAAGCUGUGCCUGGCAAAAAAUUCACACUUGACCUCCCCGUUCUUGUAAUGUCCAUGACUGGUCAACUCAAGGUUCAGGUCAAAGAGAUCCGUCUCCUCUGCCCCGUUGCCUAAAGAGGUCCUAAUAGAUAACCUUGAGGGAUUACAGUACAUCUAGCUCACUCCACACCUAUCUAUGGCUGUAUUUUCAUUGUUUCAUUCACCAGUUGCUGUUGUACGUCUGGAGUUAAUGAAAAAGAACAUUAAGUAACA